UCUUUGUCCUUUGCAACCGUCCUUAUAAAACAUCCAAAUCUCCUGCUAUGGCGCCCAGCCGUGAAGUGACCGCGUUUACACGUUACGGUGGAUGGAUCCCAAGCGAUGACAGAGUCUAUCGCCACUUCCAUACUCGUCUUGCCGACUCCGCUCGUAAAAAACGCGGAACGUUUGUCCAACAUAAUCCCGCCGUUCAAGCGCUUGCAGAUGCUAUCAACAAACCCGGGCCUGGAGGACAGACUCCGUCGUUGAUGCGCACUUUGUUCGAUAAUAUUUUCCUUCAAGCCGCAAAAGAGUACAACUUUGUAAAGAUCAAAAGCUUCGACGAAUUGCUAUACGCGCUCGACCAUGUCAUUGUCAAACCCCCCGAGUUUGAGGUUGUCAAGGAUGACAACGGCAAUCCCGUUGGCGAACCCGUCGGUGUUCCGAUCUAUCUCCUCCUCGACAUCCCGAGCAACACGGCUGCUGCUUACGACCUCUUCCGCCUUCCCGCAUUCAAUAAGGCAAUGAAGACUUUGUUGGAUUACUGGGGAGCUUACCUCAGCAACCCCGCCAGCGGUUCCAACUCUUCACUGAACACAGGAGAGAAGGGGUGGUUCAGUCCGGCUGGUAUGGCGAAACUCAGUUCGCAGGGCCGAAUCCCUCCCGGGCCCAAUGGCUUCGUUCAGACCUACGUUUCCCCCAAUGAUGACCCUGACAAGGGCUUUGGCUACGAGAGUUGGGAUGCGUUCUUCGUGCGGGAGUUCCAAAAAGGCGCUCGCCCUUACUAUAUUCCCGACAAUCCUAAGCUCGCUGCCACUCUAAUCCACAGCGCAUGCGAGUCCACCGUGCUUCGUAUCGAAACUAGGGUGAAGUUACACGAUCAAUUCUGGCUCAAGGGCCAGCCAUACUCCCUCUACAACAUCCUCGAUGCCAAUCCGGGACCCAGCGGCGUGAAGCGCGCAGAGAAGUUCACCAAGGGAACCAUCUACCAAGCAUUCCUCAGUCCCCAGGACUUCCAUCGCUGGCAUGCCCCCGUCGACGGCAAGAUCGUCGACGGUUAUGUUCUCGACGGCUCCUACUACGCAGUCAUUCCAGAUGCUGGUGCUGAUAUUGGCGAUCCGGACCUCGUACCAGGUGACCCACGCGGAGGCCUCAUCCGCUCUCAGCCCUUCCUCACUCUCUCGGCCACUCGCGCCGUCAUUUUCAUCGAGGCUGACAACCCUCUUAUUGGCCUGAUCUGCUUCGUCGGCCUUGGAAUGUGCGAGGUGUCGACUUGCGAGAUAUCGCAGAAGGUUAAGAAUAAGGAGCGUGUCAAGGUCGGCGAUGAGCUGGGAAUGUUCCACUUUGGCGGGUCGUCCCAUGUUCUGAUUUUCAAUAACAACGCCGCCAUCACCUUCGCUGACAACGUCGAACCCGACACGCACAUCAAGAUCCAUUCGAUUAUCGCCCAGGUUCACGAGAAAGUGCCCAAGGACUAAGUAAUAUGUUUUUGUUCAGUCUGUGUCGAGACUUGGGGAGAAGUAUGUGGAAAGAUAUGCUGUGCCGAAUCAAGAACAAAUUGUACAAUAUGUAGCUGCCUGCCUGCCUCUCGAUGACCAAAUGAUGUAUACCGUAUCCGUCAAUGAAUUUGUCAAAG